AUGCAAGAAUACGACACCGACGUGCUCGUGGUCGGUGCUGGCGUCGCUGGCCUAUCCACGGCCAUCCUCCUAGCCGAGCAGGGCAUCCGCGUCUCAGUAGUUGCCAAACACAACGGCACGGCACCGUCCCCGCGCGCGCAUGUCACGAACCAAAGGACAAUGGAGGUUUUUCGAGACAUGGGUAUCGAGGCCGAGGCAAAAGCAGCCGGCUUCUCCCUGGUCGGCGCAGGCAGCCUCGUCAUGGCCACAAGUCUCACUGGCCAGGAGAUCAUGAGAUACAGCUGCUACGGCGGCGGCGACCAUCAGUUUACGGAUUUCGCCAAGUCAAGUCCGUGUUCGAUGCAUAAUAUCUCACAGUACAUGCUCGAGCCAGUGCUGCUCGCGAGAGCUCGGGAGAAGGGUGCAAACAUCAGGUUCUAUCACGAGCUGGUCGAUGUCGAGCAGUCAUCUACAGAGGUUACUGCAAGAGUCAGGGAGCGGACGAGCCAAGGUGAAUACGUGGUCCGCGCGAAAUAUCUCGUUGGCGCAGACGGAGCGCGAUCAACGGUUGCGACCAAGUCCGGGUUUGGCUUCGAGGGCGAGCCCGGCCUGAUGUCCAUGACCAGCUCAUGGGUGGAAAUGGAUCUGACCCAAUACGUGGCUCAUCGGCCUGCUUGCAUCUACUGGAUGCUGCAGCCAGGCGAUGAGUUCUGGGUGGGAUCCGGCACUUGCGUGGUCAUGAAGCCUUGGACGGAAUGGGUUCUGAAUAGGCAGUACAACGCCGAGGAUGGCGAGCCUGAUACGUCGGACGAGGCCAUCAUUGCCCAUGCGCGUAAUGCGCUUGGCUUGCCAGACUCUUUACCUAUACGAGUCAAGCAUAAAGCAAAAUGGCAGGUCAAUCACGUUGUGGCGACUGAAUAUCGCCAUGGGCGCAUAUUUUUGGCCGGUGAUGCUGCGCAUCGUCACCCUCCAUCCAGUGGUCUGGGCAGCAACACUUGCGUGCAGGAUGCCUAUAAUCUUGCCUGGAAGCUGGCCUUGGUUCUCCAGGGGAAAGCUGGCGAUAGCCUGCUGGAUACGUACAGCCAGGAGAGACAGCCCGUUGGGAAGCAAGUCGUGGACCACGCCAUUGAGACCUUGCACCAGAUGGCCGCUCUCCCCAAGGCUCUAGGUUUCCAGCGUGGCCAGUCGCGCGAGCUUGGCUUUGCGCAGCUGGAAAAUCUCUUCUCAGACGCUGAAGGAGCCGAGGAGCGCCGCUUGUACCUGGAGGAGCAGGUUCAGCUAGGAAAUCGUCGUUCCAACGCGCUCGGGGUCCAGCUCGGUCAACGCUACCAGGAUUCGGGCGCGAUCGUGUACGACGGAACGCCAUUUCCAGCGUAUCAACGUGACCCAGUCCUCUACUACGAGCCUACAACUCACCCCGGCGCUUACGUCCCCCACGCGUGGAUAGAAUAUAAUCAACAGCGGAUCUCGGUUCUGGAUAUCUUCGAGCACGGACACUUCGGACUCGUCGUAGGUAUUGGUGGAAAGCCUUGGGAAGUCGCCGCUGAGGAGGUCAGUCGGGACCUUGGUAUAAAGCUCCCGGUGCACUACGUAGGGUUACGAUGUCCAUAUGACGAUGUGCUCUGCGAGUGGAGGCAGAGACGAGAGAUUAGUGACAGAGGUGCUCUUCUGGUUCGACCUGACCGACACAUUGCUCUGCGGUCGCAUGAUCGUCCAGAGAACCCCACAGAGGUGUUGCGCUCUGCACUCAAGCGCGUGCUAGGUAUGAAGCUUACUCUGCCUGGUCGUCAGAAGCUAUCUUCGAUGGCGCGCUUCAAUUGGGAGGACUCCUUGUCUGUUAAGAAUGCGCUCACACCGGAAGAACUGGACAUCCAAGAGACCGCUAGGGCAUAUUGUCAGGAGCGACUACUUCCACGUGUUCUCGAUGCGUACCGCGACGAAGACUACGACUCCAAGAUCUUGAAGGAGAUGGGGAGCUUGGGACUCCUCGGUGCAACCAUACCCACCCACGGCUGCGCUGGUGUUAGCAGCGUUGCGUCUGGUCUGAUCGCGAAGGAGGUCGAGCGAGUCGAUUCGGGAUAUCGAUCAGGCAUGUCUGUGCAGAGCUCGCUUGUCAUGGGCCCUAUUUCUGAGCAUGGCACAGUGGAGCAAAAGGAUCGUUUUCUCCCUCAGCUCCGAGAUGGGACAAUGGUUGGGUGCUUUGGCCUCACUGAGCCAAAUCACGGGUCGGAUCCCGGAUCCAUGGAGACCAUUGCCAGAGAGCACCCCACAAAGAAAGGGUACUUCUCGUUGUCUGGUGCCAAAACCUGGAUCACCAACUCCCCCAUUGCCGAUCUGCUCAUUGUCUGGGCAAAGCUAGAGACCACGGGCAAGAUCCGAGGCUUUCUGAUAGAGCGAGGAGAAUGUCCGCCGGGCACUCUAGAAACCCCCUCUCUCAAGCACAAAAAUGGCCUUCGAGCUUCCAUAACCGGGAUGAUCCUGCUCGACAAUUGCCCAGUCCCCGCCGAGAACAUGCUUCAAGUGGAGGGCCUCAAGGGGCCUUUCAGUUGCCUCAAUUCCGCCCGCUACGGAAUCGCAUUUGGCACCAUGGGCGCACUGGAAGAUUGCAUUGCCCGCGCUAGGACGUACGCGCUUGAUAGGAAUCAGUUCAAGAAGCCGCUGGCGAGCUAUCAGUUGAUUCAGAAGAAAUUGGCUGAUGCGCUAACGGAUGCAGCGUACGGGACAUUGGCGGCCAUUCACGUUGGAAGACUGAAGGAUGAUGGAGAAAUGGCACCGGAGAUGAUAUCCAUGAUAAAGAGGCAAAAUUGCGACAGAGCUCUAACUGGGGCACGGGCGAACGCGGCGUCAGACGAAUAUCACAUUGGCCGCCACGUAGCCAACCUCUUUGUCGUUCAGACGUACGAAGGACAAUCUGAUAUCCACUGUCGUGGCAUCACCGGCUUACAAGCAUUUCAUUAG